GCAGCUUGGAUCCAGAGACUGCAGCACCUCCUCAGCUGUGUUAGCCCACCUGACAGCACCGCACAGCGGACAGGCAGCUGCCGACAGCCUCCCGGUUCACAUCGCGACACACCGCGUCCUGCUGGAGGGGAAUGGGGGGGACCUAGCCCGCUGGCUGACUUACUAGAUUUCUCUAGAAGCGGAGAAAGGCUCGCAGAAAGAUGGUAUCCUGGAUGAUUUCGAGGAUAGUUGUCCUUGCCUUUGGGACGCUCUACCCAGCAUACUCCUCAUACAAAGCUGUAAAAACGAAGAACGUGAAGGAAUAUGUGAAGUGGAUGAUGUACUGGAUAGUGUUUGCGUUGUUCACUACAGCUGAAACGGCCACAGACCUGCUCCUAUCAUGGUUUCCAUUUUACUUUGAGCUAAAGAUUGCCUUUGUAAUCUGGCUCCUGUCCCCAUACACCAAGGGCUCCAGUGUCCUCUACCGCAAGUUUGUUCACCCAACACUGUCCAACAAAGAGAAGGAGAUCGAUGAGUACAUUGCGCAGGCCAAAGACAGGAGUUACGAGACCAUGAUGAGGUUUGGAAAGAGAGGUCUCAACCUGGCGGCUAAUGCUGCUGUCACCGCUGCCACCAAGGGGCAGGGUGUGCUGUCAGACAAGCUGCGGAGUUUCAGCAUGCAGGACCUGACUCUCAUCAACGCUGAGGAUGAGCUGGCUCUGCACACUUCAGACACCCGCAAGAGACGGGACACCAUGGACGAGAUGAGCUCAGGGGCCAGCACGCUGCCCCGGGCCAAAAGCACCGCUGCACGGCAGAGCCGCUCUUUGGCAGCCGCGUCCCUUGCUGAUGACACAUCAUCCCAACACAGCUCGGACCAAUCAGACACAAGGACCGAACACUCUGAUGAAGAUGUAGGAGACAAAGCCCCCAAACGCAGUACCAGCGUCAAGACAACCAAGAAACCUGCUGCUGCUAAAACAGAGACUCAAACUAAGACGGUGAAGAAGCCCGCCAAGAAAAAGACCACGACUAAUAACGCAGAGACACCACCAUGAGGCCUGCUGUCUACAUCCACCGGCCUACACUGGCUCCACCCACAGCCUGCAGGCCCUUCUUCCUCCGUUUGGUUCCCACACAAACACAUACACACUGUAUAUACAUCAAGCACUGACAUUGUGUCACUCUUGCUGGUUUUUAGAGCAAAGUGCAGGUUUUGGUUUUUAGCAGUAUGUGAGCACCCUUAGGUCAGGAACAGUUCUGCUACAUUUACUGGGUUGCAUAUUUUGUCUCACUCUUUACUUACUGUGAGCUCAUCCCAGAUUUAACAGUCAGGGAUGGUUCUUUAGACAUGUUUUUGAGUCUAGUAAUGCUCUGUAAUACAUCCAUAAAUGCUACUUUUUCCUUCAACCCCUGGACAUAUAAGUUCCUGUAGUAGGUGACAAUGUAAACUGGCCAGUGUUCUCGUCUCACUUGAUCACCUCCAGUUGUCCUCUGGGCUACUCGAGCAUGGCUCCAGUUGAAAAAUGAAAACCUUACUCUUUCUUCAUGUGCAGGUUUUGUGGCCUGCGGUCCUCAUCUGGACCUAACAAUGAUGGUAGAAAUCCUCAGAUGUUGUCUCCUGAGCACAAAUCUCCCCAAGACAGUUGGCUUUUACAUGCGACUAAGGUUUUUUUUUUAUUUUUACUGAAGAGUAAGGUUGUUAAAUCAACUAUUAAGCCUUGACCGAUAGUUGCAGAAAUACUCAUUACUGUUUAGGACCUAAUAGUUUUCCAAUUUUGACUACAGCUCGACUCUUAACGCAACCACCACGUCCUAGCUCAUGUACCUCUCUAGUUUUACAGGAUGACCUGUGAUCAAAUAUAUUUGGAUUCUCUAUUUUACCUUAAUUUUAACCUCUUUAACUGCAACUAUGGCCCAGCAGCCUGUGGGAGCUUCCCCUCUUUAAGUCUGUAUACCUCAGAGUGAGUCUGGCUCUGCUAAGUACAGGUCUCACAGCAACUUUCUUCCUCACUGCUCUAAUGUGACUUUCAUGUCCUGUGCAGCCAAGGUGAUGGAACGGGCUGUUUAGUGUUGGCUAAGUUAUGCUUAUUUGUUGUUUGUUAAAUGUGCUUUAUGAAUAAAUUUGGAUUGGAUUUGGAUUUUGGAUCCUUUAUCUAUACUUCACUCUCUUCUUUAAUGCAGUUUUAUCCAGGUCUUUUGGUCAUGUGAUAUUAGUAAUAAUAAGUAUGAUCCAUUGUGCAUAGCUGGGCCUCUUGAAGUAAUGCUGUAACUCCCAGUGAAUACAGUAGUCAUAGAAGAGCAGCAGACACUUGUGCGAUAGCAUAUCUGCUUUCACCACAGUAGAGAUGUCUGCAUAUUGUUUGUGUUAAACAUUAAAAAGUCAUGGAGUAGUUCUGCACUUUCUCACUCCUUUCAUCUAGCUAUGUGGUGACGCUCUGCCUCUCUGUAAUGUUUAUACAUCUCAUGAGCCAGGAUAAAGCAAAGCAAUAUGGAAAUAAUUAAACCAAAACCAACAUCAGGAGAGUGUGAGGAAUUAUUUUCUCAUCCCUGCGCUGUUGUUCCAGACAUGGAGGAAGUGUCAGACCAGGCUCCGGGUGUUUCUAAACACACUGGACUUUUGUUGUGGGAUGGGCUCCUCUGGUUGCCAGCCACUGCACUGGGCGUGUGUUUUUCAGAGUGCUCUAAUGAGAGAUUCAAAAGCAGCAGACGACUGCACUCAUUACUGCCGUCUGCAGUGUGACACUACUUUUAACCAGUAGGCGGAGACAAACCCCACCUCAACUUUUGGCAGAGUUACUAAACAGUAUGUAACGCAAUGUAAAUAGUAAUCUUGUCUGUAUAUACAGAAUGAGCUUGCUUGCCUUAUUCAUUCUCUGGACUUAAAUCCAUUUGAUUUUUUUUUAAAUCUUAAUGUGCUUUUUUAAAUUCUUAGUCUUGACAAAUCUUAUGUUCUGAAACUGGAAAAUAAGCCCAGAUUUCACCAGUGUGGACCUUUUUAACAUGGUUACCCCCCCCCCCC